AUCCCCCUUUUUUAGUGAGAUUUGUUCUGAAAAGUUUCCCGAUUUUUGCAAAGUGCAUCAUCUGAGUGCACUGGCAAGCCAUCAAGAUGGUCUUUGAGUCCAUCAUUGUGGAUUUGCUUAAUAAAUAUCUCGGUGAUUAUGUCGAGAAUUUGGACAAAUCGCAGCUGAAGUUGGGCAUCUGGGGAGGCGACAUCGUCCUUCAGAAUCUUGAUGUCAAACAAAGUGCCUUGGAUGAUCUCAAUCUCCCAGUCACCAUCAAACAUGGUCACUUAGGUAAACUGGUGCUGAAGAUUCCAUGGAAGAAUCUUUACACAGCUCCAGUCAUAGCAACAAUCGAUGGAUUGUAUGUCUUGGCGGUACCAAACCUCGGAGUGAAGUAUGAUGCGGAGAAAGAGGAAAAGUCAGCGCAGGAGGCCAAGCAGAAAGACUUGAGGAAGAUGGAAGAGGCUAAGCAAGCGGAGAGGGAAAAAGACGUGUCUGAACAAGACAUGUCUGAAGAAGCUUCACCUGGGAAAAAAAAGAAGCACAAAAAAACGAAAAAAGCAAAAAAGAAGCAGAAAAAGAAGGAUAAAGUGAAAAAGCCAAAACCUGAAGCUGAAAACAAGCCAAAGGAGGACACAUUUGCGGAGAAAUUGGCCACUCAGAUUAUAAAAAAUCUGCAAGUACGUGUCAGCAACAUUCACGUGAGAUACGAGGACAGGUUCACCAACCCCAAGAAGCCGUUCUCCAUCGGCGUGACGUUGCAUGAUCUCAACUUCCAGACGUGCGAUGAGAAUUGGAAGUCAACGAUAGUGAAGGAGUCCGUCACCAUGAUCUUUAAGAUGAUCCAACUUGAUAGCUUGGCGCUUUAUUGGAACUCGAAGACGGAGUUGAUAGCCGACCAGCCAAGAGAGUUACAAACAGAGCUGUUGAAGAACAUGAUAGCCUCAAGUAACAACAAGCCAAAUCUCAGAUAUCUGCUAAAGCCGAUCUACUCAAAAGUACAGCUGACUCUUAACACAAAGCCGGAAAAUCAGGACUAUUCACUGCCCAAGGUCUUCCUAAAUAUAAUAUUCGAGGAAAUUGCCAUUCACUUAGGAAAGUUACAGUACCAUGAUGUCUUGGAGAUGCUUGAAUCAUUCGAACGAAUGGCACUUGUUGGGGUGUAUCGAAAAUACGGCCGCCCAGUCGGUCAGUAUCACGGUCAAGCCAAGCAGUGGUGGCGCUAUGCGCACAAAUGCGUCAUGGAAGAGACGGUACGGCGACGCCGGAAGAUGUGGUCAUGGAUUUGUAUACAAGGUCAUCGGAGGCGACGACGAGAAUAUAAAGAUUUGUGGAAGAAGAAAAUCUUGAAUAAGAAAUUCACGUCCGAGAAUACAAAGCAGUUUGAGGAAUUGGAAGCAAAACUGGACGUGUUCAACAUCACGAUGGUACGGCAGCAGGCAGAGAUGGAAGCCAAGAAAGAGGCGAAGAAGUCGAAGGAGGGAGGUUGGUUCGGCGGCUGGUUUGGCGGCGGGAAAAAGAAGGAGGCAAAAGCGGCAAAUGAGAUUCAAGAGGAAUUCUACAAAGCCAUGACAUCAGAGGAAAAACAGAAAUUGUAUGGUGCUAUUGGAUAUCAGGAGGGUAACCAGGGAGAUUCUACAUUGCCCAAAGAUUAUGUUGCCCAUAAAAUCGUCUUCAAACUCAACCAGAUGUCGUUGUCCUUUGACGACUCUGCCAGGAGCGAGCCGCAGAUCCUACAACUCAUGCUCCAUGACGUCUACGCCAACAUUGGGCAGCGCCCGUCGGCGGACGGUCUCCGAGUGGACGCAAAAAUGGAUACGUUUUCUGUGACAGGGUGCCCGAUUGGCGGUGUCGCACCAGCGAUUGUAUCGUCGCAGAAUUCCGAGGCUGAUCGUAUAUUCUCGUUGUUGGAUCUGCAGGUUGAGGUGAACCCGUUGGAUGGUGGGUGCGAUACGAGGUUACGGGUAUCUUCACGGCCGCUAGAGGUCGUUUAUGAUGCAAAUACUAUAAUCAAUAUUGUCGAGUUCUUCAAGCCGCCAGAGUCUGUGAGAUUGAAGCAGCUCACUGCAGCGGCGAUGUCAAAGUUUGAUGAAAUCAAGGAAAUGUCUGCCACAGGGAUGCAGCACGCCAUUGAAAUCCACAAAUACACCGAUAUCAGCAUCGAUUUGAAACCUGUGCACGUUAUCAUACCACAGGAAGGCGUUUAUAAGAAGAACGCCAACCUUGUCAUAGUUGAGUUGGGCAGCUUGAAAGUUUCAUCGGAGAAGAACGAAUUCAAGCAGUAUGAUGGCGAUGGACUGACGGAGAUCGAACGUGAGGUUUUAGAACGGCGCGGUUCUAAGACGGAGACCAUUGAGGAGGUCAUGGAGCGGGCAUACGACAAAUUCAACGUCCAACUCAGCGGCAUACAAGUGCUGUUCGCUCAUCCCGGUGACUCCUGGGAAUUCGCCAAACAACAAACCCACACGCCUAUGCACAUUUUACGACCGAUGAGUCUCGAUCUAAAUAUUCACAAAAGUAUUAUUCCGAAUGAUACGCGGAUGCCCAAAAUAAAAAUAGGCGGCGAACUUCCCCUGUUGAGCGUCAACAUCUCUGACCGUCGCCUUGAAGAACUCCUAGUCCUCGCACUAAGUAUUCCGCUCCCAGAACCACUGCCUCCGGACGAAACUGUUACGUUUGGAGACGACGAUGCGAUCCCGAUAGUACAGAUGACGAGCGCCGUAGCCAAGGUCAAGAUUCCAUCAAAAGGUGGCGACUCUUCUGAUGAGGAUGAUGCGGAUGGGGCAGGGAAGGUUGGGGACACAGAAGAAGCUGCCAUGCAGCAGUGUACCGAUCUGGAGUUGAAGUUUGAAGUCAAAGAGAUUAGUUUGAAUCUGUCCCAAACGAAACAAGGAGUCGAUGUCCCGACUCUAAAACUAGUUGUGGAGUCUCUCGGGACUAUGGUGCAGAUUCGGACGUUUGACAUGCGCGUGGAGGCCUACCUAGGAGGGAUGUACGUCCAGCAUCAGCAGUUUAAGGCCUUGAACGACGGCCCGUUAGUGAAUCUGGUGAACACGCCCAUCACGGAUGAUUCAGCGUUCAGGUUGCUUCUGGUGGAAUUUAUCAAGGCAGAUAGAGCUGGACCAGAAUUCUCGACCGUCUACCAUAAUACGGAGCAGCAGAUUAACGUACAGUUUACUGCGCUCGAGAUUCUUCUGCAUCAGGAGGCCAUCUUGAAUAUCAAGGAUUUUGCCGAGGCGAUCGUUGAAAAACUUGAGGUAGCAAAGUCGAUGCCAAAAACGGCGGAAGUUGGCAAAGAUGCAAAGACAGAGCUAACAAAAGAUGUUGCACCUGUGAGGAAGAAAGCCCGACGUAUGCGCAAACAGGACGAAGGCAUUAUCCAGCUGAAGGUGCAGGCCAACUUGGAUAGCUUGUCAGUCUCUGUGUGUAACAUGGAGCUCAACUUGACUGAUAUAAAAAUCAAGGGCCUCGAUGCACGAGUCGCGCUGACUCAAGAGAAAACGGACGUAAAAGUUGCGCUGAAGGAUAUUACGGUGUUGGAUCCGGCGCACGGGACUGUCUACCCAAAGAUUUUGUCAAUAGCUGACGGUGAAGUCUUGUCGAUGGGGGUGACGGUCUUCAAUGAUGGAACAGAGGGGGACAAAUAUGAGUUAAUGCAAUGCGUGGAUACAAAGGUUACUGUUCAAAUUGGAUGUAUACAAGUCGUCUUCCUGAAUAAGUUUGUUGCAGGCCUGCUGCUUUUCGCCAACAAAUUCCAAGAGGCGAAAGACAAGAUUGCUGAAGCCAGUGAUAAAUUGGCGGAGACUGCGCAGGAGCAGGCGAAAAAUCUUCACGAGAAAGCCAUGCGCAUCGGGCUUGAUGUCACCAUGAAGGCGCCUGUGAUUUUGAUGCCCCAGAAUUCCACCUCCGCGGAAGUCUUGUGCAUAGAUUUUGGCGUUUUGACGUUGAAUAAUACGUUUGCCGUGGCGGGGCGGAAUCCGUCGAACAAUUCGCCCGCCAUCUUGGAUAAGAUGAGGAUCGAAUUGACAGAGUUGAAAGUUUUGAGAGCGGUAAUUGAGCCAGACGGAACCAGAUCAGAAGUCCAACUCCUGCAGCCUGUGACGAUAAAUAUAUCAGUUAUCCGGAAUUUGUCCGUCGGCUGGUUCCAUGAUAAGCCUGAGGUUGAGAUAUCUGGGAGGUUAGCGGCAGUCACGCUUGCUCUGAGUGAAGGCGACUUUGCUGGCAUGAUGAAGACGUUGACUGAGAAUCUGGCCGAAGGCGAGAUUAAGCCAGAAGAAUUGAAGCCUGCUGUUACCCCCGAGACGACAGAAGCCAGUCGGCCACGGACAACUAGUAAAAUUGAGGAAAAACCAAAGGAGACGGUCGCUGAGGUUGUUGAGAAGACGGAGGCCUAUCCCAAGAUGGCGCUCAGCUUCACCCUAGAGAAUUUGGCGGUCGUGUUGUACACAGGUGACUCAUCAUUGACGAGUGGCCUAGGGGUCAUCAAACGCGACCCCUUCAAAAACUUCGCCAAGUUUCAACUUGAUUGCAUCAUCGUUUCCAUGGAUAUGAAGACAGAUAAUUCAAUGAGCGCCAGUGUCGACCUUCACACCUGUCUUUUGGAUGAUAUUCGACCGGGCGCUGAGAAUAAGAUAUCUAGAAUGAUUGAGCGAUCGCUGGGCAAGGCACAGAGUAUCGAAAAUGCUCCCACGAAGAUGAUCGAGGUGCUCUUCUCACAGACUGCGACGCUCGACAAGCACUUGAUCCUGAAUGUGAACUGCCUGUACAUCUGUGUCUGCUUAGAGUUCUUAGUGCGACUUGGAGAUUUCUUCACCAAAGGCCUGCCUGCCGCACCAGCAAAGAAGGAGGAACCGGUUCCUGUAGUUGUUACAUCAACUGCCGCUGCUCAGCCUGUCGACGCUGCUGUAGUAGCGCCACCUGUAGGUGAACUAGUCGUUCAGAUGAAGGUCAUUGACCCAGAGAUCAUUCUUAUCGAGGACGCGACGAAUAUGAACACGCAGGCUUUGAUUCUUGAUACACAAGCGUCGUUCCAACUCCGCCAAACCCCUGAGGUCCAGACCAUGAUGGGUUCGAUCCAGCAACUCCAAAUCUACACCGGACCCUUCGACAAGAAGAAACGGAAAGACGCCAAAAUCCAGAUCCUUAACCCCUUAGACAUCUCGUUCAACAGCAGCGCCCCCUUUGGCAAGGAUCAUCACAUGGCUUUGAAUCUGACGGAUGUCAUUUUGAAUAUUUCGCCGAAUACGAUUCAGACGAUGACGAAGAUAUCGACGGGUUUGGCUCCUCCUCCGGAUGAGGCUUCGCUGGCUGAAUCGGAACACAACUACUUUGACCUCUGGGACAAGAAGAAGAUCGCCGACAUGGAUUUCUGGUUUUUGAACCCGCCGUCGUCAGCUGACAAGAUGACGCCGAAUCUUGACGUCGUGCCGAUGAUGAGCGGAGGGGCCCAGGUGGAGACGAGACAUGAACAGCUCAUGAUGAGUAUUUCUAGCAUCGUGGUCAGAGUGGAAGCGGGAGUCGGAAAACGCACUGUCCCGAUGCUGAUCGUAGAAGCUGGCUUCAAUGGCGAGGUCAAGGACUGGAGCAAGCAGUUGAGCAUAACGGCAGAACUGAAAUUAGAAGUGGCGUAUUAUAACGAGAGGAUCGCGAUGUGGGAACCGCUUCUGGAACCGGUUGAAGACGGGCACGUUCAUCGCCCCUGGGAACUCGCGCUCGAAAUCAAGAAAAAUGAUGACGUCAUCGAGUAUUAUGAAGAGGAAGGCGAAGUUGAGAAUAUCGUCAGCCAACCGCCAAAGAUGUCGAUGGAAUUGAAGUCCUAUGAUAUUCUCCAGUUGACGCUGACGAAGUCGUGUCUGGAGGUUUUGACGCUUCUUGGAAAGGCAUUUGCUGAUGCCUACAACUUAGUGGAGCCACCAUCUAAAGGUGAAGAUUACAGCGCCCCCUAUGUCCUACUGAAUCAUAGCGGUAUGCCGAUCUCUGUCAAGUUAGAUGAAAGAUUCCAGAUGCCAGCGCACGUUUCACCGGACAAAACCAUCUGCAUGCAGAACUUGGAGGUGCAGACUUUACACAACAUGAAGAAAGUCAAGAAAUUGCGGAAAGUUGAGUCGAUCUGUCAAACCGCUCAGGAUGAUGAGGAGAGGAAGCUCAUACUGUGUGUCGAAACAUUUGCUGCCACUCGCGAGCUCUGCAUCCAGAAAUCUGAGAUGCGGUCGUUCAACAUCAACCAGCAGAGUUAUCCUGGGGACAUCUGGGCUCUGGUCUGUGAGACGGAGUCAAAGUUAGGCUGCAAGAUCGUGACGAUGCGGUCUGUCAUUCAGGUGAAAAACCAGCUUCCACACGAGAUAGAGCUUUAUUACAAAACGGAAGACGGCAUUGAAAUGUUUGGAUCCGUCGCUCAUGAUGCGUAUUUCAAUAUUCCACUACACGUCGUGCACACGGCACGCAAUCAUCUCUUCUUCAAACCGAAGGGCGACAAAUAUAAGAUAUCGAGUACCGGGUUAUCGUGGCGGAGUUUGAAGAACCAGCAUCCGGAGAGUGUAAUGUGUGACGCAGAGCAGGCCGGGAAUGUACCUUUCUUCUUCAACAUUAUUCCCAAUAUUGAGGACGUAUUUUUCGAGGCCACGAAUGAGAAGAAUGCAAAAGUCUACACGAUCAGUAUCCAUCCGACAGUCGUUUUCCAGAACCAUCUUCCAAUGGAUAUUGACUACAUCUUGAAGGGCACUGCAUCACAGAUAACCUUGAAGGCUGGGGAGAGGACGAUUCUUUAUAAUGCUUGUGCUGGGAAGUCUUCUCUUGAAGUCAGGAUUCUGAACUAUCUCGGCAAAGACUGGGAUGCAAAGAUGAGCCUGGACCCGGCUGCAGAGGAACUCUCAGUGUGGACGUUCGAGGCCAAGGACGGAUACAGUACAGUCACCAUGGAUCUUGGUGUCCACAUGAAGAAUGCUGGAUUCCUCGAGAUGUCGCUGUACUCCCCCUAUUGGAUGGUGAACAAAACUGGGCUGCCGCUUCAAUACAAGAUGUACACUAAGCACCAGUCGACGGAAGAAAUUCUCUUCGACCACCCGGAAGACUAUACCAAUGCGGUCUUGUUCUCCUUCAAGCCAAAGUCAUAUUUCUCCAAGAAAAAGGUUACCUAUGAGUCAGACGAGGAGGGCGAUCAAACUCAUAAAAACAAAGAAGAGAAGCAGCGUGAGAACGGUGGCGACGACGCGCCGCCCAAGAAGAAAAAAAGUAAACAACCGUGGAAGAAGUCGGGGAAAGAAACCUGCUACCAUUGUAAUUAUUUGACGCUGAAAGUCUGUGAGUCGGAAUUCUCGGAUAAGUUUUCUAUUGACACGGUUGGAAGCUCGGGAACGAUCUCAUGCAAGUUCAAGAACUACACUUACGAGGUCGGAGUCAAAAUAACCCUGGGCGGAUCGGGAUUGACGAAGAUUGUUGUUUUCUCACCAUAUUAUAUGCUGGUCAACAAGGCAAAGUUCACGAUAACUGCUCACGAAAUAACGGACAAUGCCCAGGCAACAGACUGUCCACCUCUUGACUGCGUACCAUUCUGGCCAAUCAACACGGGAAAGAAGAUGCAAAUGAGGGCAAAGGUCAAAGAUCGUGACCUUGAGACGACCCCAUUCUUGUUUAACGAGGCGCAUUCUACUCUGAUGAAGUUGGAGGGCGAGUAUGGUGGCAUCAAUGUCGAGUGCCAAGUAAGCGAGUCGACAACGAUCGUCGUAUUUGAGCAGUAUAAUGAUGGGAUGGCCAGCGUGCUCAUCGUGAACCAAACACAGUGUGCCGUCAGCUUUAACCAAGCCGGUGUUGACGAGGAACUAAGCCUGGAUGCCGGCGAGACGUGCUUCUUCACCUGGCAAGACGCGUUGGGAAAACGGGAGUUCCACUGGCGCUGCGGCGAACACAAAGGCAAGAACGAACUCUUAAAAGACGACGGUGGUGACUUCUUUGCCGAUUCGGAUUCGAAGAUAUAUUGGAUAACGUUCCUCGAUGGAUUACAGCGGGUGAUGUUGUUGACGCAGGACCAGUCGUUGCUGAAGGCGGCCCGUGAGCCCGGUUUUGCCGGUAUUAAGAAAAUCACUUAUUAUUUAGCAGCGGGAAUGGCAGAAUUAGAGCGUGUAGACCAGGACAUCAAAAUCUCGCUCCAGGGCAUGGGCCUAUCCCUCGUCAACAACUACAACCGAACAGAGGUGGCUUAUCUUGGAAUUACCAGCUCUGGAGUAGUUUGGGAAGAGAAAAAGAAGCGGUACAAGGCAUUGAAACUGAAACAUUGCCAGGCCCUCGAAGAGGCCUACCAGCGCUACCAGAAUGAACUCCUCGUCGGUCGGAAGCCAACCCCGCGGCUAAACCUCGCAGAAAAACUCGAAGUCGACUUUGCUGAGUUGAUGAUGUAUAAACCAAGUAAACGCCCUAUACGACGGUCGUUUGAGAACGGUAUUUUCCUGCAGUACCGGACGUCGCCGCAUCAGGUGCAGAUCCACGCCAAGGUUCAUCGUCUGCAGCUCGAUAGUCAGCUGCCGAGUUGCGUCUUUCAGACGAUCCUGUCGCCAAUUUCACCGCCAAAAUCAGUGGCAGCAGAAAGUGUGCCAAAACCAUUCACAGAAAUGAGCGUGAUGCUUCGCAAGAACGAGCACAGUGACGUGAUGCAGUUUAGAUAUUUCCACCUCCUCACACAGGAGAUGGCCGUCAAGGUCGACCAAGGAUUCUUGAUCGCGAUUAUUGGGUUAUUUGCGUCGUCAGUGCCGGAGGCGGACCCGAUCGAAAAAUUCAAGGAGGACGAGAAGAUUAUCAGUACGACGCUGAUGGAGUCUGAUGCAAGUUUAGUCAUGGCGGGGGGAGUCAAAAACUUCUAUGACGAUAUGCACUUCUCGCCACUUAAGAUCCACAUAAGUUUCUCGCUGCAGGGAGACAGUGGAGGUGACAGACAAGCCGUCCCGAUCGGGAUGAAUGUAAUCAACCUGUUCUUACAGAGCGUCGGGGUUGUCCUGACUGAUGUCCAGGACGUGGUAUUCAAACUUGGCUUCUUUGAACGAAAGUACGCGUUCUACACGCAGAAUCAGCUCGUCGGGGAAUUGAUCCGUCACUAUUCAAGUCAGGCCAUCAAGCAGAUGUAUGUACUUGUCCUUGGUCUUGACGUCCUCGGGAACCCGUUCGGCGUGAUCAGGGGAGUCGCUCAGGGUCUUGAAGAUCUGUUCUACGAACCGUAUCAGGGUGCUAUUCAAGGACCGGAAGAAUUUGCUGAAGGUCUCGCUCUGGGCGUCAGGAGUUUAUUCGGCCAUGCAAUAGGGGGAGCUGCAGGUGCGGUGUCAAGAAUAACCGGCACUGUUGGGAAAGGCCUGGCGACAUUGACGAUGGAUGAUGAUUACCAGAAGAAACGUCGGGAACAGAUGAACAAGAAGCCGGAGAAUGUGCGAGAGGGGCUCGCUAGGGGAGGCAAGGGGCUCGUGAUGGGGGUGUUCGAUGGUGUUACAGGUAUCGUGACAAAACCAGUCAAAGGUGCUAAGGAAGCUGGUGUGGAGGGAUUCUUCAAAGGUGUUGGCAAAGGUCUAGUUGGUGUGGUGACCCGACCUGCAAGCGGUGUGGUGGAUUUUGCCAGCAGUUCGUUCGAGGCAGUCCGAAGAGUUGCUGAUACGUCUGAUGAAAUCCAUCGCCUCCGCCCGCCCCGAUACCUACCACCAGAUGGCAUCGUGCGGCCGUACAUGCAUCGCGAAGCUGAGGGUAAUAAUAUCCUACAGGAGACAGAGAAGGGCAAAUUCGCCAAUGAUAAAUAUGUCGGACAUAUGGUCGCAACUAAGGAUAUGAAACACGUUUUGUUGGUAACAAAUAAGCGUGUAAUCAUGGUCUCUAAAGGUGAGCUUUUCGGCCAAUGGGACGCUGCCUGGUUCUACACAUGGAACGAGCUAAAAGAGCCACCAACUAUGACGCCGAAGGGCAUCCAGAUCGUUCUCAAGGAGGACUCUCAAAGGUCCCCUAUGUUUUCUCCCAAACAACUCUUCCAAAGGGAGAAGCAGAAGAAGUUGUUUGGAAGCAGCACAGUUGGCAAAGUCGUCCAAGCGCUUGAUGAAAAAACUGCUGAGUGGCUUGUCGAGAAGAUUCACGAAGCUAUGCUGAAAUAUCGCGAAGGACUGUAAUCGUCACAAAGCUGUGAUGUCAUCACUUAGACUACCCAAUCAUGACAAAAUUGUUUCCGUGGAACACGAUUAAGACAUGAAGAUUCGUUGCUAUGGAAACCAUAGGGGUUGCUACAGUAAACAAACAGUUGUUGCUAUGGACUAUAGUCUUGUUGGCAUGGUGAAUUGCUGGAUAUCUUUUAAAAAAUUUGGCUCUUGUAAAUAUUUCGGUAUUCACACACCUUUGAGGUCUGAUUAUGAUAAUUCCGGAGAUUUGUCCCCGAUGGUCCCACAAGGGGGCAGCACAGAGGCGAGAUGAGACGCUUGGUCAUGCCUGCCAUAUUUUUAAUGACGACACACGCUUGUGCGCAAUGUGGAUGUCACAUGAUCAUAGCAAGUUCUCUCAGCCAAUCAGCACUUGCUGUUUUAGCAUGUGUCAUGCAUGUUGUGACCUUGACCUUCCGAGAAGAAGACUAACUCAAAUAAGCAUGUAGACAUUUACAUGAAAACAUGGCAGACAUGACUGAUUGUCUCAUUUGUCCUCGGUGCUGCCAUCUGUGCGACUGUCUGGUUUUGGUGAAAAAAAUAAUGAAUUUGUCAGUUUGGGAUGGCUGCUGCUGACUUAAGCUAUGCAGAAUUGAGUAUUUGUGUAAUAGUGCUUCAGUUAUAACACAAGCUUGUAUAUUUCAGAAUAUAUUGACACCUAAUUAAGUCCCUGAUCAACUUGGAGAAAGUAUGGUUUUACAUCAAAGUGUCUCAUCUAGUCUGGUUAACCAGGAAAUACUCUAAAUUCACCGUUGUAAGACUGCUUCAUUGAUUAUUAUGAAAUCGACACAAUGGUCAACCAUAACAUGACAUCUUGACAAUCGAGAAAUUUGGUGUCAGCGGCAUCAGAUGACGAUGUGCUCAUUUUGGUGCCUGACUUGGAGAUUAAGACACAGUCUUAUAUCAAUGAAACUUGAGUAUGUGCAAGGUAUUGGCUAGUAUCAAGAAUUUAUAAAGACUAAUCUUGAUUAAUUAUUGGUUAUAUGUAUAAUAUGUUACCAUGGAAAUCACAAAUGCUAUCUUAGAUUUAGUUUCCAUGGAAGCGAUUUGAUUAUAAUGCGUUUCCAUGGAAAUGCUGCUAUUUUUUCCAUCACAAUGAGUUUCCAUGGAAAUUCGUCUUCAUCUUGAUUAUAAAACAGUUUGCAUUUUUGUGAAGUGCCAUUUUUCUAUGCUCGACCAUUCAGGUAAGCCAGGUUACCUUUUGUCAGUGCACGGUUGCACAGGUGUCUUCACGCUUUCUCUUUUACACUCCCAUAUGACAGAUCGGUGGUCCCAUCAUGACCAUGUCGUUCCUCUUGAUGUAUUUUCAUUUUUAUUUCAGAAAGCGUUUGAAUAUGCUUAGAAAGAGUAGUAACCAAGAGAUGGCACAUUUGUGCUACAUGAAGUGGGAGAACGUUUGCUUAUUGCAGCAGUUUAUAAGUGGCAGUAUCAAUCUGGCCUAUCACCCACACAGCUUUAUGAGUGCUGAGAUUAAGGAUAGUGUCACAUAGGUUUACCUGUUCUUCCCAGGUUCCAUAUGAAAAUAGACGCUGCUGGAAUUUGUAAGUGCUGUUUGGUGCACUAAGAAACACUCGGGUAGAAAGCGAGAUUUGCCGGUAUAGGGAGAUGAAUACUGCGGCCAAUAAACUGCUGCGUCUUGAGGCAUUUAUUGCAGAAUCUAUCAAUAAUAUUGCUCUGAAAACUGCGA